AUGAAACUGCUCACUUUGUCACUUUUGCUCAUAUCGCCAGUGGCAAGUCUGGUACAGGAUGUCCCUAGCAUCAAUGCUGCAAUCCCGUAUGUUCCUUGGACUGAGGGCAUGAAGCGGAAGCCAUCCGACUUCAAACAUCCAGGUCUCUGGCAUUCUCACAACGACCUCGAAGUCAUGAGAAACGGCGUUCUCAAAGGCCUUGACCCAUGGAAGUCAGGCUACGAACAGUUUGCCAACAGCAGUUUCUCACAGUCCUCCUACAAGAUCAAAGGGCCUUAUGCUGUGAUCUCCCGUGGAUCCAUCAGUAACUACACUUCGUUUGCUAAUGACGCCCGCGCCGCUUACCACAAUGCUAUUAUGUGGUAUAUCACCAAGGAUCAAGCUCAUUGGGAUCGCUCCACAACCAUUCUAGAUGCUUGGGGUACAAAUUUGACAAACAUCAUUGGGACCGACCGCUCCCUGCUCAUCGGUAUUGAAGGGACCCUGUUUGCAAAUGCUGCCGAAAUCAUGCGAUGGGAAGGCGGUUGGAAGGAGGUCGGAGCAAAGUGGCAGGGAGGCCAAGGGUUCAGUAUCCAGCUCUACUGGCUGUUUCUUCGACAAAGCUUGGUUAUUGGCCAGGCCAACUACGGCAUCGCCUCCAUCAAAGCUUUGAUGGACUAUGCAGUAUACCUCGAGGAUGUCUCAGCAUACAAUUUUGCCAUUUGGUCGUGGAAAAACGAUUGGUGCGCUGGUAUCGAUGCAACAAUCAGUUCCAAGACAGGCCAGAACUCUGAGUCUGGCCGAGACCAAGGCCAUGUCAUGUCUGGUCUUGGUUGGCUUGCCCUCGCCGCUAGAACUUCCAAGUCCCAAGGGUACGACUUAUUUGGGUAUGGAAACAACCUUCUUCUCAAAGGAGCGGAGUACGCAGCCAAAUACAACCUGAACGAAACAGUACCAUAUGAUUGGGAAUGGCGCCGAUGCGAAUCAGUUCUGGUCGAUGGUCCUUGGCAAAAUAUCCCCGAUGCCAAAAGAGGGUUUGUUCAAGAGGUUUCUGGCGCAGUGAAAAAAGCACCGGCAGUUUGGGAUCUCCUCUACUAUAUGUCGGAGGCCGCGGGACUGAACAAUCAGUGGACUACUAAGGCCAAGGAAGCAUCUGAUGCUGCAGGUGUAGAGGUGGUGAUUGGAGGUGAUAUGCCUGGCUUUGGAGAUCUGCUCUGGGCUACUUCUUCAAAGUAG